AUGAAGAAGGCCCAGAUAUUUAAUUAUUAUCUACCACCUGCUAUAAAUGAACUGAAAGGUUUGUUUUUCUUGUGUUUGCAGGAUCCAUCAGUGACUCAGCACAGUAGCAACACUGGCUAUGCCACGCUGGACCUCUACAACCCAUUCGACAACAACACAACAGCGCCUCCACCUCCCUAUGAAGCCACAUCUCCUGCCGCACCUCCUGCCCAAACGCCUCCCAGUAGCACCACACCAACUGAGCCCAGGAAUUAUGGAUCCUCUGGAACACAGUCUGCAGUAAAUGCCACCACAGCAGAUCUGUUGAGGAAGCAGGAGGAACUAGAAAGAAAAGCAAAAGAGCUGGAGAGAAGAGAGAGAGAGCUGAAUGCACAUGCGCUUGGGUCUGGAGCCACUCGUCAGAAUAAUUGGCCCCCAUUGCCCUCCUUCUGCCCAGUGGGACCGUGUUUCUAUCAGGACAUUAAUGUGGAGAUUAGCCAAAGCUUCCAGCGCACUGUCACCACCAUGUACUACUACUGGAUGUUCACAGCAUGCACUUUGCUCUUUAAUCUCAUCUCCUGUUUGGCUAUGUUCUGUGCGGACCCCAUCAAUGGAGUUGGUUUUGGUCUUGCCAUACUCUGGUUUCUCCUCUUCACCCCCUGCUCCUUUGUUUGUUGGUACAGGCCUGUGUACAAAGCCUUCAGGAGUGACAGUUCCUUCAACUUCUUUGCAUUUUUCUUUGUCUUCUUCGCCCAACUGGUGUUUUAUGUUAUCAUGACUAUUGGUAUCCCUGGCUGGGGCUUCAGUGGGUGGAUCGUGAGUUUAGCCGCUCUUGGCAAGAGCAAGGCAGUGGGUGUGAUCAUGAUGAUAAAUGCUGCGCUCUUCACCGCUCAGGCGGCCUUGGGAGUGGUGUUGCUCAAGAGGGUUCAUUCUAUGUACAGGCAGACUGAAGCGAGCUUUGAGAAGGCCCAGGCUGAGUUUGCUACCGGUGUGCUUUCUAAUCAGGCAGUGCGCCAGGCAGCCACCAAUGCCACCGUUUCUGCUGCACAGGGCGCCUUCACUGCACCCCGGUAGAGAGACAUGAAUGAAAGAAAAGAAAUGAGGUUGAAGAACCUGUUUGCUUACACAGCCUAAAGACAAAGUGACUUCUUCUAGCACUCCUAGAUAUGGCCAAGUUGUCUUGACAGACCAACACACUUACCCUAGACCCGUCUUGUAUGCAUGUCAAGAUACAACAACUCAUAAUGAUAGUAAAACACCAUUGGAUUUUCAUUUGUAUUUGUUGGUCUUGCUGAGCAUUAGGCCAUUAGUUCGGACAUGCAAAAAGGAUCUAGGUGUUGGUUGAUUUCAAGUUAUGGGUUAUAUAUGCUGUCUAUGAGGAUCUAUUAUCAACUAAUACAAUAGUCUUUCUGUUUAUCAUGCUAGAAAAAGUCACUGUAAUCUGUUAAGACCGUAAAAAUACCUAAUACCCCAGGUUUUGGCUUACAAUUCUUGUCUCUCUUACAUUUCUAAAGCUUGUAAGUGUAAGAUACAGCAGCCUUGCAGAUUCAACAAAGACGUGCCACAUUCUGCCUUUGCUUUUCCCUUGACUUCCUUCUUUGUGUGUAAAUAGCUGUACAUGGCAAGGAAAGGGGUAAUUUCAUUGCUCUAGAAUGGAGGUUACUACUUGUGAAGUUUAACUUGCCAAAAGUUUUUCUUAAGCGAAAGAGAGAAAUCCCAUAUCAUAUUUUAGAGAUUCAUCAUUCAGGUUAUUAGUCUGUUGGUGGAUGGAUUUCUUCCUUUGACCUUUAUUUAUGAAAAAGCAUGUUUUGAUUAAACUACUUAAACUACUGUAUGUACCUCUUUGCAGUUAUACACGACUAAUGUUUUAUUUUCAUGACUUGAGGCAGGUAAUUUGUGCUUUGGAAUACAUAAUCAUACUUCAUACCUUAAUAUAAAACUCAAAAUUUCUUAUCCAAAUGAAAAGAACAAGAUAGGUGCGGUUAUCAGUGGCCAACGUAUUUGUGUUGCUUUUGUAAUUUGUAACUUUUUUUGUUGUUGCUAAUUUCAAUCUAACGUUUUGUCUAACACUAGAGUGGCGAACUCCGGUCCUGGAGAGCCGCAAGUCCUGCAGAGUUCAGCUCCAACCCUAA